GUUCAAUUCGCUUCGUCAAAAUCAUUCGCCGUGACCCGUGGAAAUCCGCCUUAACUCCCCCGGCGCUGCAAAAAGUGUACUCUUGUUUUAUUUCAAGAUGGCACCCAUGUAAUCGCAAGAAUCCCAAUCAUAAUCUCAAAUGGCUCGAGAAAGCAGAACUAAAGAAAAAACUAAGUCCAAAGGCAAAGUCGAAAAAUCCAGCAGGAAAAGAAGCCCUAGUCCUCGAAAAUCAAAAUCAAAACUUUCUCGCGAUAGAGGUAGAGAUAAACGUCGAAGAAGAGCCCCCAGUUCUUCUAGCAGUGGCUCCUCAUCAAGUUCAAGAUCUGCUUCCAGCUCUUCCACUGGAUCGUCCACUGGAUCCAGUCAUAGCUCUUCAUCUAGCACUGGAAGUUCGAGCAGCAGCUCUUCCAGCGAGAGAGGAAGACGAUCAAGAAAGGAACGUAAACCUUUGAAACCUAAAAAUGCAGCUCGACGACCAUCUACUGGUAAAGAAAAAAGCAAACAACAAAAAGAGAAGGAUGAAAAAGAAGCCAAAUUAAAAGCAGAAAAAGAGAAAAAGAAGAAGGAGGAGAAGGAAGAAGAGGAAAGACAAAAAGUGGAGCAGCAAAAGCUGAAGGAACUGGAAGAGAUCAAGCAACUAAAACAACGUCAGCAAGAACUACGCGAUGCUGCUAGCAGUGCUGACGAAGAGAAAAAAGAUCCAGAGGUUGAAAAAGAAAAAUUAAAGUUGCAACAGACAGUAGUUAGUGAAAAAACUGUACCUACAGUUAAACCCGAAGACAUAGAUAUCCCGAAACCGAAAAGGGAUUUGAGUGCGGAAAGUAGUAAAGCUGUUGCUGUUCCGCCUAAACGACCAUCUCCACCCCGUCGUAGGGUGUCAACCUCGAGAUCAGCAAGUCCUGUACGAAAGCGUUCGAUCAGCCCGCGAAGAAGUCCCCCCAGAAGACGUUCACCAAGUCCACGUCGUCGUCCCUCGAGUCCAAGAAAAAGAAGCCCAAGCCCGCGAAGACGAUCGCCUUUACGAAGACCACCCCCUAGAAGAAGGUUUUCUUCGUCACCUGAUAGUGGUGGGUCUAAAUCGCCAUCCCCGCGUCGCCGAAAACGAUCGCCGACCGCGAAGCCUUUGAAAUUACAUAUUGGGAAUUUGACGCGUAAUAUUAAUAAAGACCAUAUUCUUGAAAUAUUCAGUGUCUACGGACGCAUUCGCUCAAUUGAUUUACCACUGGACACGAAAAACUAUCUACCACGUGGAUAUGCAUACGUAGAAUUCGAUCAUACAGACGAUGCAAAGGACGCUCUUCGUCACAUGAACGGAGGUUGGAUAGAUGGGCAAGAGGUGACAGCAAAAGAAGUCCUUCGACCUAGUAGUCCUCCAUCUGGAAACAGAGGGCGAGGUGGAGCUGGUGCUCCCCUGCGAAGUCGUGCCCCGCAAUGGCAAAAUAGACGUCGUUCACCUCCGCGUUUUGGAAACAGAAGAUUUUCACCUCGAAGGUCUAGAAGUCCAAGGAGAAGAUCUCGAUCGCCUCGAGGCAUACCAAGAAGGAGAAGAGGUUCUGUGACGAGUGGCUCCAGCUCACCUUCGCCGCCACCAAAAAGAAGAUCCUCGCCUCCAUCAGCAGGGAAACGGAGGAGAUACAGCAGAUCGAGCUCAGAUUCCGAUUAAGCUGCUUAAAAACAAAAACAUCGGACAAACCCUUUUGAUAUGUCGUUGGAUGACAUAAGUGUGUUGUCAGAUUUUUAUGUCACAUUUGUAAUUAUUUUAUGAAUUUAUACUAAUAAAAA